AUGGACUUUAUACAAAAGAAAUUCGGUUGUUGUGGUGUUACUUCUGCAGCUGACUAUGGUACAAGAACGCCACCGAAAAGUUGUACAGCGACAAAAUCUACUCGAAUUAAUUCAAGAGGGUGUCAUGAUGUACUCGUUGAAGCGUGCAGAUCCAAUCUCUCUAUAAUAUGUGGAAUUGGUAUAAGUUUUGCAUUAAUUCUUAUAUCCGGAAUGGUAUUUUCCAUGAUGCUGUGUUGUGCUAUCCGUGAGCUGAGCUGA